AUGCGAGUGGUGGCCGCCUGGUUUGAGCUUGCCAACCAGCAGCCCGAGUUGCACAAGGCCAUAAAGAAGAGAUGGUACCCCGCAGUUGAGCGGCUGGCGGGCAAGACCCGCUGGAGUAAGGUCACCUCCCUCUACUCCGCCCUCGCUGCCACCCUCCGUGGCCUCAACGUGCACAUGGACGACCUGCACCGCUUCUGGACCUGCCCUGUCCUGAAUCGGAGUCCCGACCCCGCCAUCAGCGAGUCUCAGCACCUGGUGGCCAAG